AUGCCAGAGCCGACAGUGGUGACGGCGACCUCGGCUCUACCCUCUCGUCUCUAUGAACUAGGAUAUGAGGAAGUUGAAGAGGAAGAAGAAUCAGGGAACAAUGAACUUAGCCUCAAGAGCACCCUGCUUCGUAAAGCGAGGCGUUCACACAGCCGCGUGCCGGGCUUGCGGAAGAUCCCACUGCCGGCUCUGGCAAUUAUAUUGUUGAUUGCUGGGGUUAACGCAUUGGUAUGGGUAGCGGUCGGUAUCGUAUUGAGGUUCAAUUCAUCUCUGGUUUCUACAUCUGUUCUGUCAUACACCCUUGGUCUGAGGCAUGCACUCGAUGCGGAUCAUAUCUCGGCCAUCGACCUCAUGACUCGACGUCUUCUGGCAACGGGACAAAGACCAGUCACUGUCGGGACGUAUUUCUCCCUAGGGCAUUCAUCCGUUGUAAUAAUCACAUCCAUUGUUGUUGCGGGAACCGCUGCGGCUGUCUCUUCCAAAUUCGACAAGUAUAGCAAAGUCGGCAGCGUCAUCGGUAGUUCAGUCAGUUCUGCCUUCUUGAUACUGCUCGGUAUCAUGAAUGCGUAUAUUUUGUAUAAGCUCGUGCAGCAGAUGAAGAAAGUACUAAAUUUGACACAAGGCGAGGAGGAUGAGAUGUGGAAGAUUGAGGGAGGCGGCGUUUUGUUCAGGGUGUUGAAGCAGAUGUUUAAGAUUAUUGAUCGACCAUGGAAGAUGUACCCUCUGGGAGUGCUCUUCGGCCUGGGCUUCGAUACCUCAUCUGAAAUUGCGCUCUUAGGAAUCGCUUCUAUUCAAGGCGCUCGCGGGACGAGUAUAUGGCUGAUUCUCAUCUUCCCAAUUCUUUUCACUGGCAAGUUCACUUUUUCUGAUACCGGAAUGUGCCUCAUAGACACCAUGGACGGCGCAUUAAUGCUAUCCCUGUACAUCCAACCAGCGAAAAACUUUCUCCAACCAAAACUCUCGCUCCCUUCUUCUCAGUUACAGCAAUUAGAGAACACCACGACCACGACGACGACGACGACGGAGUGGACAGGAACUCGGCCAACCCGUAACCCACGCAACCCAAUUGCUUUCCUCUACUACUCCAUUGUUUUAACCUGCCUCACCGUGAUCGUGGCCCUAGUGAUCGGCAUUCUUCAAUUGCUCACCCUAAUCCUCAACAGCACAGAGGUAAAAGGGAGAUUCUGGGAUGGCGUGGAGACUGCGGGUGAGUAUUAUGAUAUCAUUGGCGGAUCGAUAUGUGCAUGCUUUGUUUUGUUCGGCGGAUUAAGUGUAGUGGUGUACCCGUAUUGGAGGAGGUGGAUUGCGCAGCGGAGAGUGGAAGAGGAGGGAAGAGGAGAUGGGGUAGAUAGACUGUUGGAACAAGGGAGAGGCGAUGAUGGUAGAUCUGAGAUAGGAUACGAUGGUUCUGCAGCUAAUUGUGCGUGCCGGGAAGGGCGGCUGAAGGGGUGUGGAAGGGAUGAUAGUAAAGGGGUAAGGGUAUCAGUGGAAGCAGAGCACUUGGGAUGA